UGCUGAACAGAAUACUAGUGAAAAGUCUAAUGUGUCUAUGGUAGUAGGCUAUAUCAGUCAGCGAUGGAGUUUUGGCAGCAGAGAGAGUAGCCCAUGUCCACCGGGAACACUUUCCAGGCAGAAGAUGUAGGCCUAGGUGCUUGAAUAUGAGGCAAAAUAAAGCGAAGGUGGCGCUGAAAGCUGGUUGAAUGAUAGCCAAGCUGACUAGCUAGUCCAGGGAACACAACAUACUGCCACCGCGAUGGAGGGUCUACCCGUGGAUUUGUGGGUUCCAUUCUCGGGUCCUGUAUCCACCAUCUAGGAGAUUCAAUAAUUAUUUAUUUUGGAUCGGAAUGUGUGUUCUUUUUCGUUGUAAACAACAUCCACCAUGUCGGAUCCAAGUUACUGGACCGCAGUGCCAACCCACAACAAGUCUCAUUUUGUAACAGGAUCAAUGCUAAAACGAUCAAAAAGUUGCCGGAGCAGCAACAGGAAGAGUCUUGGCCUGGGGACACCUUCGCCCACUCUGUCACGCCCUCUCUCCCCACUCUCCGUCCACACCGCUGCAAGCAGUCCCAUAGACAGCCCCCGAAAUGUGUCCACCAGUGCCUCCCUCAACUUCCCAUUUGCUCGCAGCCACAUGGCUCGUGCUGACAGAGCGGAAGGCAGACGAUGGUCUUUGGCGUCCCUCCCCUCCUCCGGCUACGGAACCAACCCCCCCAGUUCCACGGUCUCUUCCUCCUCCUCUUCCCAGGAGCGCCUGCACCAGCUCCCCUACCAGCCCACUCAAGACGAGCUCCACUUCCUGUUCAAGCACUUCCGCAGCUCAGAGAGCGUAACAGACGAGGAUGUGCGACCCUCGCCGUUCAUGCGCCCUCGCUCCCGCAGCCUCAGCCCCGGAAGAACAAUGGGUUCAUUCGAUAAUGAGGUCGUCAUGAUGAACCAUGUUUACAAAGAACGGUUCCCUACGGCCACAGCACAGAUGGAAGAGCGCUUGCUGGAUAUCAUCACCGCCUGCUCCCCAGACAGCACCCUCCCACUGUCCGAUGGCGUGCUGGGCUUCAUCCAGCACCAGCUGGUGGAGCUGGUCCGAGACUGCCUGGACAAGUCCCACACGGGCCUGGUCACUUCACGCUACUUUGUGGAGCUGCAGGAGAAACUGGAGAAGCUGCUCCACGAGGCGUACGAUCGCUCGGAGAGCGAGGAGGUAUCCGUCAUCACCCAGCUGGUGAAGAAGAUUCUCAUCAUCAUAUCCCGACCGGCGAGGCUGCUCGAGUGCCUGGAAUUUGACCCGGAAGAGUUCUAUCAUCUGCUGGAGGCAGCCGAGGGUCAUGCCAAAGAGGGCCAGGGCAUCAAGACGGAUAUUCCACGUUACAUCAUCAACCAACUGGGCUUGACUCGCGACCCCCUCGAAGAUAUGGUACAGCUUGAGCAGUAUGAGUCCGCUCCAUCGAUGACAUUGGAGUCUGAUGAGUCUGUGGAGCAGAACAAGUGUCCCCAGGCACUCACCCCGACGCGAAGGAAACCACUGGAGAGUGACUUUGAAACCAUCAAGCUCAUCAGUAAUGGAGCCUAUGGGGCUGUAUACCUGGUCCGACACAGAGACACUCGGCAGCGUUUCGCCAUGAAGAAGAUCAACAGGCAAAACCUGGUCCUGAGGAACCAGAUCCAGCAGGUGUUUGUGGAGCGGGACAUCCUGACCUUCGCCGAGAACCCAUUUGUGGUCUCCAUGUUCUGCUCCUUUGAGACCCGCAGGCACCUGUGCAUGGUGAUGGAGUAUGUAGAAGGUGGGGACUGUGCUAACCUGCUGAAGAACAUGGGCCCCCUUCCCGUGGACAUGACCCGGAUGUACUUUGCUGAGACUGUGUUGGCCUUGGAAUACCUUCACAACUAUGGCAUUGUUCAUAGAGACCUCAAACCUGACAACUUGUUGAUCACUUCUAUGGGCCACAUCAAAUUGACCGACUUUGGCCUGUCCAGAAUUGGCCUGAUGAACAUGACCACUAACCUUUACGAGGGUCACAUGGAGAAAGACACCAGGGAGUUCAUCGACAAACAGGUGUGUGGCACCCCAGAGUACAUAGCCCCAGAGGUGAUACUGAGACAGGGCUAUGGGAAGCCAGUAGACUGGUGGGCCAUGGGAGUCAUCCUGUACGAGUUCCUGGUUGGAUGUGUGCCCUUCUUUGGGGACACGCCCGAGGAACUCUUUGGGCAGGUUGUCAGUGAUGACAUCAUCUGGCCCGAUGGGGAUGAUGCUUUACCUGCAGACGCCCAGGACAUGAUCACACGGCUGCUGAGGCAGAGCCCUCUGGAGCGCCUGGGGACAGGAGGAGCAUCUGAGGUAAAACAACACCCCUUUUUCUUACGUGUGGACUGGAACGGGCUACUGCGACUGAAAGCCGAAUUCAUCCCUCAACUGGAAGCGGAGGACGACACCAGCUACUUUGACACUCGCUUAGAGCGUUACCACCAUUUGGCCUCAGAUGAGGAUGACGAAACCAACGAUGAAGAGUCUUCCCUGGAAAUCCGUCAGUUUUCCUCCUGGUCAAACCGCUUCAGCAAGGUGUACAGCAGCACAGAACAUCUGGCCACACCGUCCAACCUGAGCUUCUCAUCGGACCGCAGCCACAGUGAGGACAAGGAGGGCUGGGAUGGGCGUUUCACACCCUCCCCGGGAGGAGACAUUCAGAGACAGGAACGCCAGCACCAAGAUCGCAGGGGCAGCCUGCGCCCUCGGGCCUCGUCCAAUUCCUUCCAUUCUGAGAGGGGCACCAGCCCCCUGGUGAUGAGCAGCACCCACAGUCUGGAGACCAUGCCCCGCUUCGCCUUCUCCACAGACGAUGAAGCUGAGGUGGUAGUGUCAAACCUGCAUCGGAUCAGGAUUCGUAGCAACAGCACCGGGGCCAAACACUCUUCCCCCAGGAACCACAGAGCCCCCCAACGCUUUGGAAACCAGCUGGAGACACCAGAUAGACAGACACCAGAUAGACCGAGGCUUGGGAGCAAAGUCCCCAAGUCUGCCUCCAUCUCCGCCCUGUCUCUCAUCAUCACUGCAGAUGAUAUGCCCAGCGGCCUCCAGCCCAGCCCCAUCUCUUCGCGCUCGCUCUCCUCCAAUCAUUCGUCCCGCGAUUCGUCCCCCAGCCGUGACCUGUCGCUUAGCCUCAGAAGCCUGCGGCCACCCAUCGUCAUCCACAGCUCAGGGAAGAAAUACGGCUUCACCAUGCAGGCCAUCCGCGUCUAUAUGGGCGACAGCGACGUUUACACGGUGCACCACAUGGUCUCGAGUGUUGAAGAUGGCAGCCCAGCCCACGAGGCAGGACUGAGGGCUGGUGACCUCAUCACUCACGUGAACGGAGAGUCCGUGCAGGGUCUGGUCCACACAGAGAUGAUGGAGCUGCUUCUGAAGAGUGGCGGCAAGGUGGCCCUUCAGACUACGGCAUUGGAGAACACGUCUAUCAAGGUUGGGCCGGCUCGAAAGACCAGCCACAAGGGAAAGAUGGCAAGACGCUGCAAGAAGAGCAAAAGAAGGGACAAUCAGGACAGGCGGAGGAGCAUCCUGAAGAAGCUGUCCAAGCAGAGCACGGUGAUUCACAGCAGCCGCAGCUUCAACUCUGGACUGCAGCACCACUCUGUGUCGUCCAGCGAGAGCCUGCCAGGCUCCCCCACACACAGCCUAUCACCUGGCCCCUCCACCCCCUGCCGCAGUCCUGCCCCCGACCACCAGCCUGCAGACACAAACUCUCCACAGAGCACUUCUCCCUGUUCCAGCUCUCCCAGCUCCCCGGCUGCACACAUCCGGCCCAGCUCCCUGCACGGCCUGGGCUCCAAGCUAAGUAUCCAGCGUUACACCAAGGUGGGUCGCCGCAAGUCCACCAGCAGCAUCCCCCCGUCCCCCUUGGCCUGCAACUCCUCUCCCCAGCCUCUGUCGCCCCAGCGCUCCCCUUCUCCCCUCCCUGGCAUCACCAAGACCUUCCACACAGUCCGUGGCAAGACUCUGUCCCCCCCAACCAUUGUCCGCCAUUGUGUGCGCCCCCGCAGCGCAGAGCCGCCCCGCUCUCCCCUCCUAAAGAGGGUGCAGUCGGCUGAGAGGCUCUCCAGCGCCUACCACGUUGACAAGAAGUCAUACCCCCACCGGAGGCACACGUUGGAGGUGCCUUUCCAGGGCGAGGGGGAGGACGUGGAGGUGGAGGGGGUCUGCGGCGGGGGGGUCUCCUACCUCGGGGACCACGGGAGGCUGCUGGGGGGUUAUGGGGGCUGCCAGAGGUUGAGGGACUGGGCGGCGGAGCGUUCAGAGCAAUUGGUGGUGAUGAGGAAGCUCAACCUUUCGGAACGCCGUGACUCCUUCAAGAAGCAGGAGGCGGUGCAGGAGGUGAGCUUUGACGAGUCUGACGACCAGAAGACAAGCCCCACGUUCACCGUGAUGCUCACUGCCCCUGGAGCCAAUAGGCUCCAGCAGAGGGCAGCCUCCUGGACGCCCAUGUCCCAACCCAGCGAGGAGGUGACUGAGGUGAAACGCUUCACCCUGGUGCCUCAGAUUGCUGUGCAGGGCUCGACGGAGAGUGAAGAGCAGGACGACUGGGAGCCGUGCUCAGACGGAGAGGAGGACGACGGCAAGAGACAGGAGCCCGAAUCUACAGAUAACACCGUUGGCACACAGCAGCUUGUUAAGGAUGUCUCUCUCACGGUGAACGUCUCCAGUAAGGCACCAGAAGCGACAGCUGCUUUACACAAAGACUGCCUCUGAUAAGGUUGGAUACCGCAGUAGACUCUAGCCCCCAGAAAGGGAAGCUAAGGAAGUGACAUUUCCUUGAAUCAUUUCAUGCAGCACAUAUCUUCCAAGGAUGCACCUUGACACUCUCACUGUUGAAGGAAGGAAAUGUUUGGGCAAAAGAGUGUUUCUCCUCCGAAGGAACUCAAACGAAUCGCGACAUUGAUUUUAUUUUGUAGAUUUCACUUGAUCCAGGAUAUUGUUUUGUAAAUAUGUAACACUAGGAAAUAGAUUGCACUUUAUUUCCUGGGCUUAUUUAUUACUUUUAUAAGCUAAGUGGAUUUUUGGGGCCAAAAAAGGAAAAUGUUAAAUUGAUAGUGGCUAGCCAAGGUUAAAUCAUGUUUUGUGUCCAUAUAUUUUGUUGUUAUGUCUAUUUUAAAACAUUCUACAGAGUAGUUGCUAAUAGUUCAAAGAAGUGAGUAGUUUGAGAGGAAUUCAUUUUUUACACAUUCAUGUUUUGAUUUAGGCUCGUUUACUGAGACUGAGUGAUGCUUUUGUAUAAUCUCAGCCAGUAGUUUUGAAAGUGGUGCUAACGAGCCAAAACGGGUCCCGAAACGGGUACUACAUCAUCCAAUUGUGUACAAUGCCAUCCAUUACGUUUUUUUUUUUUUUUAAUUUAUUUUUUUAAUUCGUAUGAUUUGUUACGAAUCCAAUUCAAACAAUAUAUUAAGAAUUUGUUGUGCUUAAGAUGCCGGACUGCGUCUUGAACAGUUUGAAGUAUAUUUUGAAUCAUAUAAAACUGCAGGGUAAUUGUUAUUUGAACUAAUUACAGUGCAUUCGUAAAGUAUUCAGACCCCUUUUUCCACAUUUUGUUACUUUACACACUUAUUUAAAAAAAUAUUUAAUAGUUUUUUCCCCUCAAUCUACACACAAUACCCCAUAAUGAC